AUGUCCAAGGAAACAGAAAUGACGGGAUGCGGAAUUACUAUCAUUAAUCGGCAAAGUACCGUCCUUGAAUUGUUUUUAAACUUUGUACAGACCCACGAAACCACUGUCGUGAGUCCUAAAUUUACUAUUAACGGCGUAAUAACUUUUGAAUUCAAAGUGGAAAGAAGAGAUACAGAUCGCUUUUCAUUAUUUGUUCGUUAUAAAAAGAAGAGAGUAAAUGAUAAGUUAGACUAUGGUAUAAAAUACACACAUUGGACAGAACGAGAGAUGAAAUUUAACAAUCCAGAUAUAUGGCACUUUGUAUGUUCUAACGGCUCUUGCACUGGCACUGGAACUAUUUCAGUAGAAGUAAACUUAGAAACUUUGUCAAGCCCUUGUGCAUCUCUUUACGAAGAUACCGAAUUGACUGAUUUUAAGUUGCUCGGGGACGACGGCUAUGUACUGCUGCACAAGGCCAUCGCGGCAGCUUACAGUCCCUUCUUUAAAAAUAUGUUUUUGGGACAAUGGAAGGAAACAACCGAAGGAGUCAUUGAGGUCUCGGGCAUUUCAAAAGCAACGUUAGAACACUUCAAAGAGUAUAUGUACUUAGGAACUUUUCCCGAUACCUGUUUAACACAAUUAUUACUAUUGGCAAAGUUUUAUAUGAUGGAAGAUUUAGAAAGCCGAUGUUUAUUUAAACUACGAUCCCAAGUGACGAAAGAUAAUGUCUUUGAUUUGUUAGAGUUCGCUGUAACAAACAAACAAACGCGGCUCCUCUACGAAAUUUUAGAUGUCGCGCAGCAAGGUGAUCUUAAAGUGGAUGAAUUAGAAGAAUUCCAGAAAUACCUCUAA